AUGGACCGGAAGACAUCUGUUUCUGGCUGUGAUCUGAAGAAGAAAUACAACAUAACCGCAAUUCCUAAACUGGUGAUUGUGAAACAAACUGGAGAAGUCAUUACUGACAAGGGAAGAAAACAGAUCAGAGACAAAGGGCUAUCCUGUUUUCGGAACUGGCUUGAGAGUGCAGAUAUCUUUCAGAAUUUUUCUAGUUAA